UUGAAACGAAAAUCAAUUAGCCGAGGGAACGAAAAACGAAGAAGACGCAGACAAGUAAAUCGAGCGGAGCUUCAGGCGACACCUCCUCUUCUUCUUCCCUCCACGUAUAUAUACGUACAAAUCUCGACCAGCUAACGCGUUCUCUAUUUUGCAGAUAUACGUAUAAUUGCUAUAGUUGGGAUCUUUGAGAGAUAAUAUAGUUUCAUAGAUUCAGAGGAGGAGGGAUACAUGUAUUGAGAGGAUUUUUUCCCGCACAUAAAUUAUUACACGGAAAGAGAGAGGGGAGGGAGAGAUAGGAUCCGAGUGAAGGGGGAGAUGGCUUCGAAGAAGUUGGAAGGAGGAUCCGCCCCAGCAAUUCGGCGAGACCCGUAUGAGGUAUUGUCUGUAUCAAGGGAUUCUACAGAUCAGGAGAUUAAAACGGCUUAUAGAAAGCUCGCUCUCAAGUAUCAUCCUGACAAAAACGCAAGCAACCCUGAAGCUUCAGAACUUUUCAAGGAGGUUGCAUACUCGUAUAGCAUUUUAUCUGACCCUGAGAAGAGGAGGCAAUAUGACAAUGAAGGGUUUGAGGCACUUGAGAAUGAUGGCCUGGAUAUGGAAAUUGACUUGUCCAAUCUAGGAACUGUUAAUACAGUUUUUGCAGCCUUAUUCAGCAAGCUGGGCGUUCCUAUCAAGACUACAAUUUCUGCUAAUGUUCUUGAAGAGGCUCUGAAUGGAACUGUCACCGUCAGACCCCUUCCCAUUGGAACAUCAGUCAGCGGAAAGGUAGAAAAGCAGUGUGCCCACUUCUUCGGUGUAACAAUAAAUGAACAACAAGCUGAGGCAGGGAUUGUUGUGAGAGUAACUUCAGCUGCUCAAAGCAAAUUUAAGCUGCUUUAUUUUGAGCAUGAAGCUAAUGGUGGUUAUGGAUUGGCUUUACAGGAGGACGGUGAAAAGACAGGCAAAGUAACAUCUGCAGGGAUGUAUUUCUUACAUUUCCAAGUGUACAGAUUGGAUACAACGGUGAAUGCGUUGACAAUGGUUAAAGACCCCGAGACUGGCUUCUUUAAAAGGCUGGAAGGUCUUCAACCUUGUGAGAUUUCAGGACUAAAAGCUGGCACUCAUAUCUUUGCUGUCUAUGGAGAUAAUUUUUUUAAGACUGCAACAUACACAAUAGAGGCCCUUUGUGCAAAAUCAUAUGAAGAGUCCACCCACAAGCUCCAGGAAAUUGAAGCUCAGAUUUUAAGAAAGAGAAGUGAGUUGCGCCAGUUUGAAACAGAAUACAGAAAGGCCUUGGCACGCUUUCAAGAAGUGACCAACAGAUAUAGUCAGGAAAAGCAAUCUGUUGAUGAACUGCUGAAAGAGAGAGAGGGUGUGCAUGCUUCAUUCAGCGUGGUGCGGAAUAUUGGUGGAAGUGGAAGUAAUCUGAGUAACGGAAGUAGUAGUAAAAUUCCUGGUGAAGAUUCAAAUGUUGAAAGUCCUGGGGAAGAUGGAGGCUCAGAUGGAAAGGAAAAAUCAGCAAAAAAGAAAUGGUUUAACUUGAACCUUAAAGGAAAUGAUAAAAAGCCUGCAUGAAAAGCGUAUUUAGAUCAUUUUUGUAUUACGCAAAAAAGUUUGGAAAUACUUUCAUUUCAUUCCCAUUCGUUUGAGCCACUGGUUACCUCCAAAAGCUUGCCAUUUGUAUUAUUUAUCUGACCUUUUUCUUUGAUUGGAGUUCUUUCAAGGUCUUAGAAUUGGCAUGUGUUGCGAAUCCAGUUCCGCAAUGUUACAGAACUCGGAGGUUUGUGUACAUAUAUUUUCUUCAUUAGUUUCGAUGUGCACUGUCUUAGAUCUUGCGGAAACCUGAACAUAGACUGGUGUGGAAGUGUAGUAAACUGUUAUUAAUUUCAUUUGAUUUUUCUGAGAAA